AUGGCACGAGAUACGUUUGUGCUUGCGAUCAUCUUCUUCGGAUGUCUUUUUGCGAUUUCGAUUGCGAAAGAAGAGGCUACGAAGUUGGGGUCUGUUAUAGGAAUAGAUCUUGGUACAACAUACUCUUGUGUUGGUGUUUACAAGAAUGGCCAUGUUGAAAUCAUUGCCAAUGACCAAGGAAACCGUAUUACACCUUCAUGGGUUGGUUUCACUGACUCUGAGAGGCUCAUUGGUGAAGCUGCUAAGAAUCAGGCGGCUGUUAAUCCUGAGAGGACUGUCUUCGAUGUCAAGAGAUUGAUCGGUAGAAAAUUUGAAGACAAAGAGGUGCAGAAGGACAUGAAACUUGUACCUUACAAGAUUGUUAACAAGGAUGGUAAGCCUUACAUUCAAGUUAAGAUCAAGGAUGGUGAGACUAAGACUUUCUCUCCUGAGGAAAUCAGUGCCAUGAUCCUGACGAAGAUGAAGGAGACUGCUGAAGCAUACCUCGGGAAGAAGAUCAAGGACGCCGUUGUCACUGUUCCAGCUUACUUCAACGAUGCCCAGAGGCAGGCCACAAAGGAUGCUGGUGUUAUCGCUGGGCUCAAUGUUGCUAGAAUCAUCAACGAACCCACUGCUGCUGCUAUUGCCUAUGGUCUUGAUAAGAAGGGUGGUGAGAAGAACAUUCUCGUCUUUGACCUUGGUGGUGGUACUUUUGAUGUCAGUGUCUUGACCAUUGAUAAUGGAGUGUUUGAGGUUCUCUCUACAAAUGGAGACACCCACUUGGGAGGUGAGGACUUUGACCACAGAGUCAUGGAUUACUUCAUCAAGCUGAUCAAGAAGAAGCACCAAAAGGACAUCAGCAAGGACUAUAAGGCUCUGGGUAAGCUCCGAAGGGAAUGUGAGAGAGCCAAGAGAGCUCUUAGUAGCCAGCACCAAGUCCGUGUUGAGAUUGAGUCUCUCUUUGAUGGCACUGAUUUCUCUGAGCCACUCACAAGAGCUCGUUUUGAGGAGUUGAACAAUGACUUGUUUAAGAAGACCAUGGGACACGUGAAGAAGGCCAUGGAUGAUGCUGGUCUACAAAAGAGCCAGAUCGAUGAGAUUGUCCUUGUCGGUGGAAGCACUAGGAUCCCAAAGGUUCAGCAGCUGUUGAAAGACUUCUUNGAAGGGAAAGAGCCGAACAAGGGUGUGAACCCCGACGAGGCUGUUGCUUAUGGUGCCGCUGUCCAGGGUGGUAUUUUGAGCGGAGAAGGCGGUGAUGAGACCAAAGAUAUCCUUCUUCUGGACGUUGCACCUCUUACUUUGGGUAUCGAGACUGUCGGGGGAGUGAUGACGAAGCUUAUCCCGAGAAACACAGUUAUUCCGACCAAGAAAUCUCAGGUUUUCACGACAUACCAAGACCAGCAGACUACUGUCUCCAUUCAGGUCUUUGAAGGUGAAAGAAGUCUCACCAAAGACUGUAGGCUGCUCGGGAACUUCGACCUCAACGGAAUCCCACCAGCUCCAAGAGGUACCCCUCAAAUCGAAGUCACAUUCGAGGUGGAUGCCAACGGUAUUCUCAACGUGAAAGCAGAGGACAAGGCGAGCGGUAAAUCAGAGAAGAUCACAAUCACGAACGAGAAGGGACGUUUGAGCCAAGAAGAGAUUGAGAAGAUGGUUAAGGAGGCAGAGGAGUUUGCAGAGGAAGACAAGAAGGUGAAGGAGAGAAUCGAUGCAAGGAACAGCCUCGAGACUUACGUGUACAACAUGAAGAACCAAGUGAACGAUAAGGACAAGCUUGCAGACAAAUUGGAGGCGGAUGACAAGGAGAAGAUCGAAGCUGCGAUCAAAGAGGCUCUCGAGUGGCUUGAUGAGAACCAGAAUGCAGAGAAAACCGAGUACGACGAGAAGCUCAAGGAGGUCGAGGCUGUUUGUAAUCCAAUCAUCACUGCGGUUUACCAAAAGUCUGGUGGAGCACCGGGCGGUGAAUCAGCCUCGACUGAUGAGGACGAUGAGAACCAUGAUGAGCUCUAG